AUGGCUACGGGAUCUAACUUCCUUCUCUCAUUACUAUCAAGUAUUCGAGAAAAUGGCGCGUUUUCCGACCUCAAAAUCAAAUGUGGACCGUCAAUCUUUAUUGUACAUUGUUGCAUCGUCCGUCCACAGUCAAGGUUCUUCGAGAAUGCAAUGAAGGGCAUAUUUCAGGAGGCCAGAUCAAAAGAGGUCACGAUCGUUGAUGACCCUCUGAUUGUUAAAAAGAUGAUUAUCUCUAUCGUGAGGACUAUGACGACUCUUCCGAGCUCACCAUCGAAGAACAAAUCCGAAGCUCCCCGGAGCAAGUGGGUACCCCCCUGUAUGGAAGGCAAGAUAUUAGAAACGAAGGUCUUGAUUGGUGAACACAACGAUCCCACAAUCUCUACCUGGAACACUGAACAAACCAAGUCGCAUAUCAAUGCAACAAUGUAUAUUGUUGCCGACAAAUACGCCAUCAAUGGACUUAUGGACCUCGCUAAGAAAAAUUAG